GCUGUAUAGACGCUUAUACCCCAACUGGCUUGAAUGAACUGAGUCCUUCGGCUGAGCCUGUGUGAUCCCGGGAGGUAGACUUUUCUCACAGACUGAUUUGCGCAGAAAAGGACGAGCUGACAAGAACAUGGCUGUUGCGGGCUGCACGAAAUGCAUAAAAUAUAUGUUAUUCUUCUUUAAUUUUAUUUUCUGGCUGGCUGGAGGUGUGAUCUUAGGAGUGGCUCUGUGGCUUCGCCAUGACAGUCAAACCAGCAACCUCCUCAUUCUUCAGUUUGAAGGCCACCAGGCACCGGGCACCUUCUAUAUCAGUGUGUACAUACUGAUAGCUGUCGGAGCUGUGAUGAUGCUUGUGGGCUUCGUCGGAUGUUACGGUGCCAUUCAGGAAUCUCAGUGCCUGCUGGGGACGUUCUUCUUCUUCUUGGUCAUCCUCUUCGCCUGUGAAGUUGCUGCAGCAAUCUGGGGUUUCAUGAACAAGGACACUAUCUCCAAAGAGUUAAUCAAUUUCUAUGACUCAGCGUACAUCAAGGCCGUGGAUGUCUCAGGGUCUCCCAGCAAAGACUCUGCCAUCAAGGUGCUGGAUGUUUUCCACAAAACGCUCGACUGCUGUGGUAAAGGAGACGACACCCCUCUCUUCAAACAAGUCACCGGCACCUUGUGUCCUACAAAGACUCCAGAAGAUUUCCUGAGAUCUCAAAGCUGCCAUGACAAACUGAUCGAGCUGUUCUCGGAGAAGCUCUACCUCAUCGGUCUGGCUGCGUUGGUGGUUGCUGUCAUCAUGAUCUUUGAGAUGAUCUUCACCAUGGUGCUCUGUUGUGGGAUCCGUAACAGUCCUGGAGUCUACUAGAAGUCCAACAAACAGCAAUCAGCUUAUACUGGAAUUAUUUUAUUAUGUGUUUCUAUGCAUCGGCUCCUCUUCUUUAUGCUUUUAGCACGAGAUGGAUGUUUCUCCAUUUAUUUUAGAUUAGAAGAUACUUUUUUAUAAAAAAAAUAUUGCUAAUCACUCAUUUCUAGGCAAUAAUUUAGCUUCUAGCAGUGAGAUGUUUUUGUUCUUAUUUAUCAUACAACACUUUUUAGGAAUCUUUUAUACGUGCAGUAAGCUGUGUCUCUGUCAGUCAUUAAUGCUGUUUUUAUGGAUGUAUAAAUUGUACAUAUACUUGUGAUAUGUUAACAACCUUUAGGAGAUUCCAUGUAUUCCCUGGUUGGUUAUGUUGCAUGUCGUUGCAGUGUGACAGUGUUAUUUAAACCACAGGGUUUCAGUGUCUUACUCUAGUAAUUAUCAGAAGGAGGAGUAUUUUUUUAGUCGACUGUGAGUACCUUUUGUUCUGCGAAAGCGUUCCCUCACUCAAGUCUCUUUCUGAGCUCCUCCCUGCAAAGAUGAAAGGAGGAUGCACCUGUGUUUCUUAAUCUAAGCUCCUCCAGAAGCCUCCUGGUGCAUUUAGGAGACUGGAAAAUCCUCCAUGUGUCUAUUCUUUGCGCCUGAUGAGCCAUCUCCUGCUGUCUUUGUUAACUUGUGAAACACCACUCCUUAGGGACAAGGAGUCUUCUCACUCAACCUGUUUUAAUAAUGCUAAUAAAUUAUGCCACCACUCUUGUA